GAUAGUAUAUUUUUUUCAAGACAAGCCUGCAGAUUUUAAAUUUAACCCCAAACGGCCACAAUGGGGCUUGUGAUGGGUUCACUGCGUGCUAGUUUCCAUUGACUAAACUGAUAAAACAUUUAACUCUGUAAAAUAAAGCGUAACUUAGUUGGAUUAAUCUUUACAAUUCUAAUGGAGAUGCAUUCGUGUGAACAUUUUGGUUGUUGCGCUACACUAACUGGUCAAACGCUCCUCUGACUCGAUGAUUCUGGGUGUGAUUAUGUUGGUCUGGAUAAACCGCGGCUAGUUUGAGACAUGGGAAGUGACGACGUUUCACUUGUUUACUUUUAAGAGCAAGAACACACCGUGUCAAAUCCAAAGUUUUUAUACGUUUUACCAAUAUAAUGGCUUCUGUAAUGGAGGAUCCAACCCUUGAAAGACAAUUUAAAGGUCACAAAGAUGUUGUUACCUGUGCUGACUUCAGUCCCAAUCAUAAACAGCUUGCUUCUGGUUCCUGUGAUAAGAACCUGAUGAUCUGGAACCUCGCACCUAAAUCCAGGGCGUUCCGGUUUAUGGGGCACACAGAUGUCAUUACAGGGGUACAUUUUUCUCCGAGAGGUUCUUUAGUGGCUUCUUCAUCCAGAGAUCAGACCGUUCGACUUUGGACAACUGGGAUAAAAGGAGAGUCAACUGUGUUUAAAGCUCACACGGCGAGUGUUAGGAGCGUGCAUUUCUCCAGUGAUGGCCAAAGGCUUGUCACUGCCUCAGAUGAUAAGUCUGUGAAAGUAUGGGGUGUCGAACGCAAGAAAUUCCUAUAUUCUCUCAACCGACAUACGAACUGGGUGCGAUGUGCGAGAUUUUCACCAGAUGGUCGUCUUGUUGCAUCCUGUGGUGAUGACAGGACAGUUCGCCUGUGGGAUACAGCUGCACGUCAGUGUAUCAACAUUUUCACAGACUACGGCGGGUCUGCAACAUUUGUGGAUUUUAAUGCCAGUGGCACAUGCAUAGCAUCAUCAAGCACGGAUGGCACGUUAAAAAUCUGGGAUAUUCGUACAAACAAGCUAAUACAGCAUUACAAAGUUCAUAGUGCAGGCGUCAACUGCUUUUCCUUCCACCCCUCGGGAAACUAUAUGAUCACUGCUUCCAGUGACAGUACGGUGAAGAUCUUGGACCUGCUGGAGGGAAGGCUCAUCUACACCCUUCAUGGCCACAAGGGUCCAGUGUUGACUGUGGCGUUUUCUCAAGAGGGAGAUCUAUUCGCUUCCGGAGGUGCUGACUCGCAGGUUCUGAUGUGGAAGACCAACUUUGAUUCAUUGAACUACAGAGAUUUGUUAAGCAGGCACAGCAAACGUGUCACGCCAGAUCCACCUCCACACCUUACGGACAUCUACCCUCGAUCAUCUCACCAACACCAUGCUCAGAAUGGCUCGAUAGAGAUAAAUCCUAUUGUUGCUGAUACACAGUCUGGUGACCCUCAGGUAGUUGAAGUAGGACGGGUUUUCUUCUCUACGGAUGUACAAGGCCAUCACAAUGUAACACCAAGCUACAGAGAUCAACCUAGCUCGGGUACCAGCUCGGGUCCAGCUCAGACUCGUUCGCAUUACAGACGAGAGGAGAGCGGAGAAGAUGAAAUUGGAUUUGCACAUGGCACGACGACCCCAUUAGAGGAGCGCUCUGGCGUCCCACCUAACCUCACCAGAACUCUUGAGAACAUUGUACAGCAGUUGGACAUUUUGACCCAGACCGUUGCCGUCCUCGAGGAGCGCCUGACGCUGACUGAAGACAAACUGAGGAUGUGCCUGGACAACCAGACCCUUUCUUUGCGGCAGAGUCAACAAGCGGACCGAUCCGAUGAGGAGAGGGAAGCCGAGGGACCAUCUGUGUGAGCUAGCUUAAAGACAUCCAGCUGUGCCAUUCCAAAUGAGGACAUUUUGAACAGGAAAGAGCAGGAUGACGAGGGGGACUCACAACAAUCUCACCCACCCCCACUGCCAAAAAAGGCCUUGUGAGGACAGCUGCAGCUAAGACAAUAUCUCAGUACUUAUUUUGACAGCGGCAUGGAUGGUUACACUGAAGACAUAUCAGGAAAGAGAUUUUUUUUUAUACACACACAAGCGCAUUUUAUAAUCUAUCCAGUUUUGUUUGUUCGUGUCUCCUGCAUCACAUGCAUUAUGUAUAUAAAUAAAGGCCAUUAUGAAUGCAUUGCAAUCUAACUCAUGCCUCCGGUGUGUUUGUGUCCCAGGCAGCAUGAAUGGUUUGUGUGUGUCCGACUAUGUGUCUUCACAGCCUUGUUUACAGAUACUCUCACUCAGCCGCAGCCUUGUGGCUUUCCUCUGGGUGGAGGUCAGACGGAAACAGGGAGCCAAUCGGCAGAUGGCCCGGCAGCGGUUGUACGCUUAGGGUACCAAAUCUCUUGCACACUGCAGCUCUGUGAUGCUGUAGACCACAUUCUUGUAUGAAAACCCACAUACAUGAACAAUGAAAAUUGGAACAUUAUACCAUUUAGGUGGGCAACAAAACAGGCAGCUUACU